AUAAGGUCACCAUACAGAUAUCAUUUCAAUAUUGGUUGGCUAAUAAGCAGCGUGUCAUCAGUUUAAAACUAUGACUUUGAUCGCUGGAUUUGUAAUUAUCAACUUUAUGUUACUCGGAACUGUUUAUUCAAGCACGUGUAAACCAUUUCAAAUAACCAAAAACAAUCUAAAUAAAGCAUUGAUUGGUCAUUCCGUGCGUGAAAUUAAGGAUAUUAACCAUCAAGACUGUGCGCGGACAUGUAUGUCACUGUCUGUAUGUAAAUCUAUUGACUUUGACAGGCAGGAGGACAUAUGUAAAUUGAAUGAUGCUGACCGAUCAUCUGUUGAUCCAUCGGAGAUUGAGACCAAAAAAGGCUCUAUUUUCUCUGAUAUCAGCGAAUGGCCUAGCACAAUGGUUGGAAGCUGUAGUUCAAUGCCGUGUAAAGCGAACCAAAGAUGUUAUCAAAAAGGGGCCUCACAUGUCUGCAAAUGUAUAAUCCCAUGGACAUGUAAAGAUGUCAAACUGUGUAGCUCCUCCUACACUGAUGGUGAAUACUGGCUAUAUUCGGGAGUUCUCGGAGGUCAUAUGGUCAAAAUAUACUGCGCUGGAAUGUCCACAGAAGAACCGCUGGAGUACAUUUCAGUAAAUGAAAAAGCAAAUUAUGGAUUCAAUCAUUGGAAAUCGCAGUUCAAAGCAGUUUUGACGAGAUACAGGAAAAUACGUGUCAAUAUCAUGGAGUGGAAAAUUAUACGUAAAGACACCAUAUUCAGUAAAAGUUCUGAAGAUAAGUCUGAACUUCCCCCGCUACCGUAUGGAACUGGCAGUAGCUGUGGUUGUGAGUUGUGUGCGUUAGGAAAUUUCAGUAUCUCCUUGCAAGGUACAGGACUAAAAUUUAAGAAAGAGGUUGAAUGGGUUACAACUGGUUGGAAAGCAAAAAUGAUAAAUUUUCAAAGAAACGUCGACAGCAAUAUGAUAUCUGCAAAAUGUGGAGGCAACUGUGGUCAGUGCGAUCCUAACGGCAAUUUGUAUAUCGCUUACAACCAGAAUGAUGGCAAGUUAUGCAUAUUUUCACUUUUGAAGAAAAGAAUAAAAUCAUACUACUUAUUUACACUUUGUAUAAUGAAACAAAAGUUUUGAUAUACGCAUACAGAUUUAUUUUGAUAAAAUGUUCUGCUCUGCCUUUUUCAAUAAUGAUGUCAUAACGACGGUUACUAAAAUUCUAUUUCAUCUCAUUAUUUUGAAUCUACUAGUCAUACAUAUAAUUCUCACACGGAUGAUAUUGUGCGGAAAAAUAAGGAACAUAUAUAAUAAAUCUUUUGUAAAUGUUGCUUUGGACAAAGUCUGAGAUUUACUGCGCAUUCCAUUCUCGAAAACCCAGGCUAUUUA